CAAAUAUUCACGUACAUCGCUCGUGUUGGUAGACAUCCGGUGAGAUAUCUCCGUCUUAGGAUCAAUAACAACGGGAAUAUAUCCUUCUCUUUCUCAGUAAGAAGUGUACUUUACAUGAAUCAAUAUGGAUCCAGGGAAGAAGAAGAAAAGAAGAGCGGUUUCUGAUCUCAUGGAUGAUGAAAGUGAUGCAGAAACAAUUGAUGGAGAUGGAAGGGAUGGUGACGAUCAGAGGAAAGGAUGGCCAAAGACAAACACAAAGCCAAAUCACAGUGAGAUAGAGAAAAGGCGGAGAGAUAAGAUGAACACAUACAUUAAUGAAUUGUCAACAAUGAUACCUAUGUGUAAUGCCAUGUCACGCAAGCUGGAUAAACUGACAGUGUUGAGAAUGGCUGUGCAGCAUAUGAAGACCUUGAAAGGAGCACUUGACCCCUUCACAGAAACAAACUACAAACCAGCUUUCUUGUCUGAUGAAGAUUUAAAGAACCUUAUUCUUGAAGCUGCCGAUGGAUUCCUUUUUGUUGUGGGAUGUGACAGGGGAUGUCUUCUUUAUGCAUCAGAUUCCAUUCAGAACUAUCUCAAUCAGGCUCCUUCUGAUCUGGUAGGACAUAGUUUCCUUGAUCUCGUGCACCAAAAGGAUGUCAACAAAGUCAAAGAACAACUGUCGUCUUCAGACACAACGCCUCGUGAAAGACUGAUUGAUGCAAAAACUGGUCUUCCACUUAAAACAGAAAAUCAACCCACUCCAACACGACUGUGUUCUGGUGCUAGGAGAUCAUUCUUUUGCCGUAUGAAAUGUGGAUCUAAAGGGAAAAAGGGAAAAGAUAGUUUGGAACCUGAACCAUGUCUGAUGAAACGUAAAAGCAAAAGCAAGCAGGCAGCACAACCUGACAAAAAGCCAUAUGUCGUAGUUCAUUGUACAGGAUACCUUAAAUCAUGGCCGCCCUCUGGAGCUUCACUUGAUGAGGACGAUGAAGACAACGAAUCUAGAAAUCUCAGUUGUCUUGUAGCAGUGGGAAGACUGGAAACAAUUUAUGAUGAAGCAACAGAUUUCUCACAACCAGGAAUUGCCAAAAAAUUCAUCUCACGUCACAGUAUAGAUGGAAAAUUUAUCUUUGUUGAUCAGAGAACUACCGCCAUAACUGGCUAUCUACCUCAGGAGCUCAUAGGAAGUUCUGGUUAUGAAUAUUUUCAUCAAGAAGACCUUAAUUCAAUAGCAAUUUCCCAUCGUCGGGCUCUUCAGGGGGAGAUUGUUUCAACUGAUGUUUACAGGUUUCGAUGCAAGGCAGGUCACUAUCUUCCAUUACGAACUUGUUCGAAUGUGUUCCGAAAUCCCUGGUCAAAGGAACUGGAGUUUCUAGUUUGCGUCAACACUGUGGUCACGGGUUUGGAGUCAAUUUCAUUGCCCCUGGCAGCUCCUCCGUCUGAUGUGUCCUGCACCAGUUUGCAGCUCGCAAGUAGUGUAGGAUCUGGGUCUUCAGCUCAAACUGACAGUAUGGCUGGAAAGACGAGUGUACAGCAAGUGUUAGAAGUAUUGAAGAAACGUGGGCAGCAGUUAGAUGCAGGGUCCAUGUCAGCUGGCAAGAAGAGUCAUGAACUUGACGUUGCUAUGGCUAAUGUGGGAAAUGCAGGUGCGAGUCGUAUUGGGGCCAUUGUGGCCGAACAGGUUCAAAACCAGGAAACACAAGACAGGGAGUUCCAGUUCGGACUAGGUCUUAAUCGACUGAAUGAGGGUCUUCCAUCUAAUACGGGUGGUGUGAGUACGAUAGACAUUGACGACAUUUCACCGAACGCACCAAAUGCCCCAAGAGUUCCGUCUACCGAUAGAACGGGCUCGCAUGCGGUUGGAGCUGGUUUGGAUAAUCAGCUGCAGCUGUCACAGGCACACUUGUUGGAACAGUUGAUUGGAAUGCAGAAUGCAAUUGAGUCAAUGGAAGCUCCCAUGGAACAAAGCGAAGAAACUAUGUCAGUUUUCAUGAACAUGCUUGAGGCAGACGCCGGCCUUGGAGGAGAAUUCGAGAAUUUAUCGUAGAGCAGAUAAACAGCAAAACCUGCUUUGCUGGUUUGCUAGUUUCCUGGUAGAGUUAAAUUGAAAAAAAAAAAGUUUAAAAAGAUACAGAUCAUACUUACAGAAUCUUAAGAAAUAAACUCUCCUUGGACGUAAAUAUUCACGGAUCUUGUGAAUAUAUUUUGAGUAGCUUGCCACGCAGGUGUCCAAUACGAAGGGGGAACAUGAUCGCAAUCGUUUGACGAUCCACCAUGUUUUGUUCUGGGUUAGAGUAAAGUCUCUCCCUAAAAUACGCCCGAAUUGCAGGCCUUAGUUUGUGUAAAUUUCUUUAAAGCUAAGGUCAUUUUUUUGUUUUUUAAGUUUUGUUUCACCCGGAAACAUCAGAAAGGGGAAGUAAUAACAUCCAAAAACGGUUUUCCUUGUUAGUAAUUUGUAGCUUUGGCCGAGGGUCCUUGAAUAACUUUGGUAACAAGCGUUAUCUAGAAUGUAACUUAAAAUUGAACUCAGUUAAGUUUGGUCUCCAACAAAGUACAGUUUUUACGACGAAAAUAUCUGGUUAAUGAAAGAAACGUCAGGAAAUAUGUUGUGUUGGGUAGGUUAUUGCGACCAUUAACUGACAAAAAUUGCUGUAAAUAGCUUUGAGGUUUUGGGGAAAUAUACAAAAUGUGUUUGACCAGUCA